UUACAAUUUCUUCUUUUGCAGUCCUUCUGCUCUCCUCUGCAAAAUAAUAUCCUCGCCGAGUUAUUUCCUACCCACAACACCCUCGUGUUCUUCUCUCUUAUCUCUCUGUUUCUCAUCGUGCUCUAUCUUUCUCUUCUCUCUGGAGGACGAACUCCAACUCCUCACGUGCCAACUUCUCUCCCACCACCUUCAUUGCUCUCCUCAAGAACCAGUUUCUCGAGCUCGGAGAGCGUGGUGUUGUUGUUCUUUCUCCUUUUCCCAAUCUAGUUUCUCUCUCUGCAUUGUUGGGCAUAAUAUGAAUGUGUUUAACACAUCAGUUUUAGGUAUUUAGCCAUAAGGACGCAUCACUCACUCAGAUACUAACCCUUCCCCACCUCAAUGCUUUUUCAUCGCUGAUCAAACAUUGAACCCUAGCAUUUGAAGGGUUAGUACUUGAAGUCACCAUUCUUGCAGUCAAUACUAUCUAUUCCUUUUGGACUGAGUAGAAGAGAUGGUGAGGCUCACUGCUGACUUAAUAUGGAAAAGUCCUCAUUUCUACAAUGCAAUUAAAGAGCGUGAGUUAGAUCUUCGAGGUAACAAGAUAGCUGUAAUUGAAAACUUAGGUGCUACUGAGGACCAAUUUGACACCAUAGAUUUAUCUGACAAUGAGAUUGUCAAACUGGAAAAUGUGCCACAUCUUAACCGCUUGGGUACAAUGCUUAUUAAUAACAAUAGGGUUACUAGAAUUAAUCCCAACAUUGGAGAGUUUUUGCCUAAAUUACACACACUAAUUCUCACAAACAACAGAAUUGUGAACUUGGUAGAAAUUGAUCCUUUAGCAUCCCUUCCAAAGCUGCAGUUCCUUAGUCUGCUAGACAACAAUAUUACAAAGAAAGCAAAUUACAGACUUUAUGUUAUUAACAAGCUGAAAUCCCUCCGGGUUUUAGAUUUCAAGAAAGUGAAAAAUAAGGAGCGAUUGGAAGCCAAAAACUUGUUUGACUCAAAAGAAGUUAUUGAAGAAAUUCAAAGGACCCCAGCAAAAUCACUUUCACUUGGUGAAACUCCAAAUGUUUCAGAAGCAACUGAGGAACAACAAACACCUAAAGGGGUUGCUCCCACACCUGAGCAAAUUAUUGCUAUUAAGGCUGCCAUUGUCAAUUCUCAGACACUUGAAGAGGUUGCUAGACUUGAAAAGGCAUUGAAGUCUGGCCAGCUUCCUGAAGAUUUAAAGAGCUUGAAUGAUAAUAUAAUGUUGGAUAAUGUUGAUGAUAAACAUGGGGAUGUGGUUCAUGAUGAUAAAGGUCAAGAUGAUGGUGAAUCUAAUAAUACACGAGAAGAGAUUCUUGUUACCUGCCUUUUCUUUGUUUGGCCAUCACCUGUGCAACCAUAUUUCAGCACAUGGCGGUGCAUACAUGAUACAUGUGGUCCCUUUACAGGCUUGAGUCUGUUUCAGCCUUUCAAGCCAUGCCUGCUACCUUUUACCUCAAUCUCAUCACCCCAAGGAUCUGUUUCAGGCCAUACCCUGUUUGAGUCCCUGUUUCUUGUUAUUUCUGUUUUGACUUUGAAUUUGGGGCUAUGGACCAAGCAGAGCAUCUUUUUUAUAUAAAGAUUAGCACAUU